GGCCGGAGAGGAGCGUGGAUGUGACCGACGUCACCAAGCAGAAAGACUGCAAGAUGAAACUGAAGGAGUUUGUGGAUUACUACUACAGCACCAACCGGAAACGGGUCCUCAACGUCACUAACCUGGAGUUUUCGGACACCAGAAUGUCCAGCUUUGUAGAACCUCCUGAGAUUGUGAAAAAGCUCUCCUGGGUAGAAAACUAUUGGCCCGAUGAUGCCUUACUGGCCAAACCCAAAGUGACCAAGUAUUGCCUGAUUUGUGUGAAGGACAGUUACACUGACUUCCACAUAGACUCUGGAGGGGCCUCAGCCUGGUACCACGUGCUCAAGGGGGAAAAGAUCUUUUAUCUCAUCAAACCAGCCUCGGCAAAUCUGUCUCUGUACGAGCGAUGGCAGUCGGCGGCCAAUCACAGCGAGAUGUUCUUCGCCGACCAGGUGGACAAAUGCUACAAGUGUACGGUGAAGCAAGGCCAGACGCUCUUCAUCCCGUCAG